CGUUCAUUAUUUAGAAUUAACAAUAUGGAAUGGAGUAACGACAAAUGUUUGGAGCUAAUCGACAUCUACGAAAAGUAUCCUGUGUUGUGGGAGCCCAAGCAUAAAUUUUAUUUUUCGAAAACAAAGAAAAAUGAUGCGUGGGACGAAAUCUCCAAAAUAAUGAAUGUGGAUGCCAAAACGGUGAAAAUAAAAAUGAAUAGUCUGCUAGGCUCCUUCCGCAGUCAGAAAAGCAAAGGAAAAAAAACUAUUGGUACCGGAAAAGCACGUCAAGAAGUGUACAUAUCGAAAUGGUUUGCGUUUGAAAGGAUGCAUUUUUUGCUUGACCGAGACGCUCCCCGAGAUACACUGGACACAGAAAAAGAUUUGGAUACCGAAGGUAGUGGAGAAGAAAAUGGCGAAAUGGAUCUGUCUUCCGUUCCGGUGGAGGACGAUAGUGAGGUGGUCAUCAGGGAAGAUGAAGACGAAGUACAAGUAGAUGAGACACAAGAAAAAGAAAAUGCAAAACAUGCUAAACCCCCGGCCAAGAAAAAACCAAAAAAACAACAUCACGAAGAGAGUAACUCCUUAUCUAAAGAAGCUCUUCGAAUUUUGCAGGACACGCACACUCGCUAUCUUGCGAAACAAAACCAAGACCCGCUGCAAGAUCGCUUUUCUAUAUAUGGCCAACAUGUAGCUAAUAAGCUAAGAGGAUAUUCAAAAAGGUGCCAUGCUAUAGUCGAGCAUGAAAUCAACAAUGUGCUCUUCAAAGCGGACAUGGGAGAAUAUGACACUUUUUCGACAAAUGUUGCACCUGGGCCUUCUUCUGAUAGCAGUUCUGCUACAAUUUAUAAUUCAACACCAGGCCCAUCUUCGGCGGGUUCCUACGUUUCGUACGUAGACUUUCCCGAUACUUCACAAAAUUUUCUGAAUUUGUAAUUUUUUGUGCAAGUUAAAAUUUAAUAAAAAGUUACUUUUGCUUACCUGAACAUAAC